GUACAUCCGCUUGGUGACUGUUGCUGUUAUGAUGUCGCCCUGUAAAAGUUGAAUUGCUGGCCUCAAGAUGUUUUCCUCCUCCCAAGAGCCAUCGAAGUCUCUGAAAUGUACUGUUUUCCUGGAUGUCCAUAAAAUCACAUGCCCGGGAGUGCUUCUCUCCAAGAAGAAUGAUAUCUACCUCAGUGUGUGCAUCAUGGGCCAAUUCAAGAAGACCCCCUGUUUGCCUCCGGUCUUCCCUUUAGUGUUCCACCACAAAAUGGUUUUUGUCAAGACUUUCUCCGGUGUUGUUGACCCUGCUGAUGUAGCUGACCUCCUUGAAGCUGACACAACAUCUUUUGAGCUGAUUCAGUCAGUGCCUCCAGAGGGUGAAAUCCUAGCCACAAUGGAAGAAAACACCAGAAGUUUCUUGUACCCUGGUCCCAGAGAGGAAGCAGCAGAGGGUGAAAUACUGAUGAGAAGGUCCCCCUCUUUUUUAGGAAUCUCCCCUAAGCUAGACUUUACCACAACAUCAGUCAUAGAGGAGAGUGAUGGGAGAGACAGCUCGGCUGCCUCACCUAGCUGCAAUCUCUCUUCGGUGAGGCUGUCUUUAACCUCGUCCAGACGAAGUUCAACAGGCAAGCCUCUGCCCUCUAUUGAGCAUUUCAUCAGAAGAGAUGAUGGAAGCUGUGCGUCUUUGAAAGGAAGGAAAGAAAAGUUAAAUGUUGAGUCUAGAAUUACAGACUCUGCCCCUCUAUCGGCAUCCAGACGCUCGCCUCUUUCAUCACCGUCUGGUCGUAGCCCUCAAAGAGGCAGCAAAGGAAAGAAACGCAGUGUGACCAGAGCUUUUACGGACUGCGGAUACCAGCAGCACACAGUUUCCUCAAGGACACGAGCCCUGUCCCCUUACACCCACCGCAAGAUGUGCCAGCUCUCCGAGGACACCAGACAGAGGCUUAGCCACCUUCAGCUGGGGCCUCACCGCUUCAGGAAGGAAACGGAGAGUCAGCCUCCGUUUUUGGUCUCUUGUGGCAGUAAUAUCUCUUCAGUGGGGUCUCUUUCCUCCUCUACACUAAAUGGAAGUGUGCUUCGGUGGUCUGUCAGCUUCUCAGCUGACCACAAGGAUUCUUCUCUCCGGCAGAGUCACAGACCAAGCGCAACAAGAAUUGAAUCUGGCAUCCAGUCACCCCGAGACACGUCAUCCAAACAUGAGCCACAGAUCAGAAGCCCAACAAGAGGUUCUUCAUCGGCCAUCAGCAAUUCCCUCCGAGAAAGACUCCAUCACAGCCCAUCCUAUGGGGAGCAGAUCCACAACCGGGUCCAAAGGAUUUUGCAGACACACAAAGCUUGCGGAGACCACGUCCUGACCUUUGACCUUUGACCAAUACCUUAUCAAUGCAUUUCAUGGGCAACUUCACUAGUUGCAAUAAAGCAUAUUUGAA